CUCAACUACGCGCGCUUCUUCCUCGGCGACGUCCUCAAAAACGUGCGGGGCAAGGUCCUGUACCUCGACACGGACACGAUCGUCCACGGCGACGUCGCGGAGCUCGUCGACGCCGCGCUCGCCGGCGGCGCGCCGGCCGUCGCGGCCGUUCCGCGCGGCGAUGGCCGGAAGCUCCGCCUCGCGCCGUCCGUGACGACGGACCCCGCCGCGCGCGCGGCGCUGAGCGCGCGGGGCGUCGGCGUCAACACGACGCAGCGCCGCCGCCCCCAGACCUUCAUCGACGACUUCAACGCGGGCGUCGUCGUCGUCGAUUUGGCCGAGUGGGACGCGCGGAACCUCACGGCGACGACGCUCGAGUGGAUGGCGCUGAACCUGGCGCACGGGCUCUACACGAAGGGGUCGAACCCGCCGCUGGUCCUCGCGGUCGCGGGCGACUUCGAGCGCCUCGACGCGCGCUGGAAC